GUCCAACGUCACAAGCAGGCGCAUUCCCACCUCGAUAAUCGACUAGAGGUCAUUGUUAAUUAUUGUCAAUAAUGUGACCACUGACACUCCCUCGAGAGUCGUUGGCUGCUCUCUCGGUGCAUAUUCCUCGAACCCAGAUUCAUCAGAAGAGCUGCCCGAAAUGGCUUCUCUAGUAUCGUCGGCGGAUACGACUCUGCAUAUUACAGUCCGAUUUACGACCUCGAUUCCAGAUCUUCUGCUGGAUGUUCCAGAGCCUGGUGAAACGGCAGUAAUUGCUUUGAAGCACCUCAUUCGGUCAAAGCUUGACCCUCCUACUUCGCAGCAUCGAUUUCGCUUUAUACACGCUGGCAAGCUCCUGAAAGACGAUGAUCUCUUGUCUGCCGUGCUAAAGAUUCCUUUCCCACCUCCUCGAGCGCCGGAUCCGAAAGGCAAGGGGAAAGCAGUCGAGCCACCUCCUCCACGCGUCUACAUCAAUUGCUCUAUCGGCGAUGCAUUGACAUCCUCGGAGCUUUCUGCGGAAGCCCUUGCAGCUACUGCCUCGACGAACAAGUCUAAGAAGACCGGCAGAAGUGAGGUAGGCAAUGAAGGUUCGGCACAAUCUGCUGCCAAAACGAUAACAACCCCAGCUCCCCGAGGUUUCACGCGACUUCUCACUGCUGGCUUUACUGCAGCAGAGGUAAAUCAACUUCGAUUACAGUUUCGAUCCAUACAAUCCAAUAUACACACUCCAGAUACUAUGCCCUCUCCGAACACCUUAUUGCGGAUGGAAGAUGCCUGGAUUGAUGAUAAUGCCGGAAAUGCUGGCACAGGGGCAGGCAAUGGUGGCUUCGACUUUGGGGAAGAUGGUCUCGGAGGUGGAGCACUAGAUGAUCUGCUCUGGGGGAACGUUAUGGGUUUCUUAUGGCCGCUGGGUUGUAUAGGAUGGUUGAUCAGAGAAGGAGGGGUGUGGUCGAGAAGGAGACAAAUUGCAGUCUUCACAGGGUUUGUGCUCAGCCUCACAUUUGGUAUGUUGAGGGUUGUAUCAUGAUACUCCGAACUACUACGGCCGGUGUUUGGAGAAUGAGCAGUAUUCAACAGCAACUAAGGGCUGCCGACAAUGAUACCCAACACUCGAACAUUUCUGCGGAGUCAGUAGUCGAGAAUUCGCUGGAUGUAAUUAUGGAAUUAUACUUUCUCAAAUCAGGUCGAUUUGGCGGACAAGCUGGCAUCCUGUAGGACAAGUUUCAAAGUCGUAUGCAUGUAAGUUCAGGGGUUAAUGCACGUGGUCAAAUCUCC